AUGAUGCUGCCUAAGUGGCGGUCCUCAACGGCCUUUGUUACUGUCGUCGUCUGCGUGGCCGUCUUCACCGACAUCUUUCUCUAUGGACUGGUCGUGCCCAUGUUGCCAUUUGCCUUGGCCGAUCGACUUGGCCUGGCUGAGGGCGACAUCCAGCGAUGGAACUCCAUCCUGCUGGCCGUGUAUGGCGCCUCAAUUCUCCUGGGAUCAUUGCUCUUUGGCUGGGUGGGAGACCGGACGAAAACAAAGCAGCUCCCGUUCAUGCUGGGCCUGGGGCUGUCGACCGCCAUCGUCUUCACGAUCGGCUUUAGCCUGCUGCUCGACACAGUCGGCAGCGAGCGCAUUGGUCGCGCCGUCGGCUUCACCAGCAUGAGCCUGAGUCUGGGCCUCUUCGGCGGCCCUAUUGUCGGUGGAUUCGUCUAUGAUAUGGCAGGCUACUUUGCUGUGUUCGUCCCGGCGUUUGCGCUCAUUAUGCUCGAGGUCGUCCUUAGCCUGCUCUUGCAGCCACCGUCACGAUCUCUGGAAUGCUUGGAGACGCCUGUCCAGCGAGACGAGCAGUCGCCCCUAUUGCCUGCCACAGGGCCUCCAGACAAGCAGACAUCUCCCACGCUUGUCAUACUCCUGCGCUCGCCGCGAUUCCUGGUCGCGAUGGUGGGAAUGUGCAUGUUGAACACCUUCAUGACUGCGUUCGAGGCGGUCCUUCCCGUGUACCUGCAUGAGCUCUGCGACUAUGACUCCAGUCAGGUCGCUAUUGUCUUCCUGUCCAACACACUCCCAAUGGUUCUUUCGCCUCUGAGCGGCAACGUGGUCGAUAAAGUCGGCCCCUUCUGGCCCGCGGUCGCAGGAUUUGCCCUCGCAGCGCCGAGCAUGAUGCUCCUCAGCUUGAUUCAGCACAACACUGUCCUCUGCUCGUUGCUCCUGCGCCUGUUUCUCUUCCUGUUCGGCUGCGGGAUUUCCAUGGCCAUGCCUGCAAUGAUGACUGAGAUUAGCAUGGCAACAAAGGCCGUCGAAAAACGUUAUCCAGGAAUCUUCGGCAGCCAGGGCGCGUACUCACAGGCGUACGGACUGAGCAAUGCCGCUUUCGCGGGCGGUACCCUCGCCGGGCCACUGUAUGCGGGAUACCUCCGAGAAUGGGCGGGAUGGACGGCUAUGUCAUUGUCUCUGGGAGGGCUCAGCGUGGUGAUGGUGAUUUUGGUGGUUGUGUUUACAGGGCGCAAGGAGGACAAAGUUGCAGAGGAAGUAUGA